UUACUACUUAAUACAGUCAAACCAUUUUUUCCCCUCUAAACGUAAGUCAAUUGUAAUCUUUUUAUAAUAACUUUGUUUGGUUUUUAUUUUAGGUAAUACGAUGCAAUUAAAGAACUUUACUUUAAGAAUGUAAUUAUUUAAUUCUGUAUAGAUAUUUGGUAAGUUCGGAGAAAGGUUUUUGAGUGAGUGAAGUGUGGCACAAUGAGAGCAGAGAACGUGUGCUAGAGUAACAUUCCUUAUUUUCGUUUAAAGAUUUCCACGCUCUUAUUCAGUGGGAUGCCGAUCCCUGUGAUACAUCGUUACCUGAUUUUACCCCAUUCCUCAGUUGGAUCCCAUUCCUUGUUGUAUCCUUGUCACCGGUGGGAUCUUUUACUCUUAGAAUUCUGUUCUAUGAGUGUCACUUAAAGGUAUACCUAGGAGGCAAAUUUUGGCAACGAUCAAUUAAUACAAAUACAUGGUUUACUGUAAUUUACAGUUAUGUACAUAGGUUAGGCCGUUGCAAUAGAAAUUUAAUUUGGAAUACUCUAAAAACUUUCAAAAAAAAAAUUAAAAAAUCUUUACAUUUUAUUUCAUAGCAUGCGAGGAAACGCCUUGAGCAUCAAAGCAACAUAAAAAACAUUUUAAUGCCAUUUAUAUAUAACUAUAACCAAAAACAUUGAACUUUCUUGAAUAAUCUAAAAACUUUAAGAAACUAAUAAAAAUUUAAAUCCAAAAUACUGAGAAAAUUUUCAGGAAGAUGUAGAAAACUCUAUAACUGAAUUAUCAUUGUAGAUCCCACUAUAAAAUAAUAUAGAACUUUAUGGGGAAUUCUAAAUUUAAAAUAAAAUAUUCCCCCACCCACAAAAAUACUGGCAAACGACUGAGCUAUGUAAUCAUUUUUCGAAUACAAGAAAAUCUAAACAAAAUGUCAGUACUGUUUAUUUCUUUAUUUAUUUAGGCAUUUUUAUAUAGCGCUUACCUUAAAGCUCUAAGCGCUUUACAAUUAUUAAAAACAUGUAAACUAAGUAAAAUAAAAAUGAGACACUAGGAUAGUAACUACUAUACUAUAGAAACAAUUAAAAUGGCUAUAAAACGAGGACACUUUGGCACGUUUUGGACUAUACUACAGGAUAAACCCGAGACAGAAAAUGAGGCAGGGCAAGGAGGGUGCAUCACAGGUCAUAGGCGGACCUAAACAGAUGGGUUUUAAGGGACUUUCUGAAAGUGGACGAAGUUUCACAAUGACGGAUAUGGAAGGGGAGCUGGUUCCAGAACGUGGGCCCAUGGAAGUAGAAGGAGCGUUCACCGAUGGUCUUAGUUUUGGUUCUUUCUUUUUAUUUAAGUUAAACAGGUUCCGUUAUGUCUGGGAUAUAGCGUCCAAUAACAAUCAUUCAAAUAAAUCAUUGAGUUAACAUUAAAACAAAUGUCCCAUUAGAAUUCAUUUAAACAGGCUGGACAUUGACCCUCGAAUGACGUUAAUAUGACCGAUAAACCCAGCGAUAUUUCAAUAUGCACUAAGAAGGGUUUUGCAACUAAUCUUGGCCUAGAUCAAUCAAUCCUCAUAACUGCCUAUAUAAUUGGUAUAGACAAAUAUUCAUACAGCUUAUAAAAUGAAAAGAAAAAAUUAGGAUGGGCCCAGCCAGCACCCAGAUCAUUUCUCUUAACUUUCUGAAAAUGGACUAUCAAGUGUUUGUGGACUAAGUUUGGGCUAGAUCCAUCCAUCGAUCCAUCCACAGUAUAGCUGUGUUGGAAAUUAUAUUUAUAUAAUAGAUAUAAGGAAAAAAAUGCACACCCCAGUAUUUCAUUCAUGAUAAUGAAGGAUAUCUGUGCUGAGCUUGGUUAAGAUCCAUUAGUCAACGCAGAGGCGUACGCGUAAAAAGCACAACAAAAUGGAAGUGAAAAUGACAUUGGUUCCUCAAGCCCCAAAAUAGUGGAUGUUGUGAGCUCAGAACCCACCAGUAUUUAAAUAUAUAUAUAUAUUUAUGGCUUUGAAGGGGGGCUAAAUGACUGAGUUAAAUGCAGAUUUAAAAUGGUUGUUUGUAAAUGGACAGAACGAUCCGUUGUUAAAAUUGUCCUUGUUAUUAUUUAACUAAUCAUUUUAUAAAUUCUUUGUCUUUGUUUUUGUCUUUCAGCUAGUCAUUCAUACGUCGACUCAGACAAAGAAUGGGAGCAGAAUCAUCAAAACGAGGUGAUCGAAAAAAAAGUUCAAAAAGGUUGAAUUCAAAUCUAAAUUUUCUUGUCAUCGGUAAAACUGGAAAUGGGAAAAGCUCUUCGUGUAAAGCUAUUGUGGGAUUACCUGAAGACUCACCUCACUUUGCGUCUCUUAGCAAAGUAACUGCAACCACAAAAAGUGUUGGUAACUAUCGGGUACAGAGAUGGGGGAAAGAGAUUAGUGUGACUGAUACGCCAGGCCUUGCAGACACUGAUCUAGAUGAAAUUGCAAACGCCAAAUUCGCCAGGAAAAACAUGAUAAACGCUAUGAAAAUUUGUCCAGAAGGUUUUCAUGUUUUUGUAAUAGUUUUGAGAUGUGACAAUAAAUUUACCAAAGAGGACCAGAACGUGAUUGAGGUAUUAACAGAAAUAUUUGGUGAAGAAAUGUUUCAGUUCACCAUAUUGAUUUUUACCCACGGCGACAGUUUUGAUAUUGAGAACAAAAUUACUGAUGAAAAUGUCAGCCAAAGAAUCUUCAAAACCUGGUGCAGAGCACAAGAAGGAGCCCUGGGAAACUUACUAGCAAAAUGCAAUUUUAGGGUUGUCUUAUUUCACAAUAGCAAAAGAUAUGAAGACAAAAGAGAUGCAGAGGUAAUUGAGUUGAAAAAAGAAACAGAAAAUGUAAUACAAGGAGGCAAACUGUACACAAACGAGCAAUUUCAAAGACACCAAUGUAGCAGAGAUCAACUUCUUUUAAAUAAAUUUUUGGUUGAACUUAAAGAUCAAAUAAAUAAAUCACUGAAGUCAUUAAAAAGUGAACUUAAACUGAUAACUUCUCAAGAAAAGGCAUUUAUUGCAAAAAUAGACGAAGUCUUAAAGAGCACGACGUCUCAUUUGCCAGAUUUAGAAUCCUUGAUGAAGAGUUUGGAGAAUUUAAAAGUUAACUUGAAGAAGAAAGAGAAAAACCAAGAGAAACGUGAACUUUAUUUAAAACUUCGAGACAAAAUCGAUACCCCACUUUUCUUGAGUCUCAAGUUGUUGAGUGAUGACCUUCAGAAAGUUAUCAAUCCAGAUAUGCACAAAGAGGAUCUGAGACACAGGGCAUUGGCGCUACACAGCUACACACGCGAAGAAGAUUUAGGAACAGGCAAGCUGGAGGAGGAACUUGAAAGUAUUGAUUAUUUCCUGUCUGAGAUUAAUGACCUCGACACAAAAGGGAAAGGAGUGUUCACAGAAAUAGAAUGAUUGUCACAGAAUGAUUGUUGUGGAGGAGGGCUCCGGUCCUGACAUAUAACAAACUAUAUUAAUUUAGUAGUCGUUUUUACAAGGCCGCUUCUCUCUAUUGAUUAAAUUGUGGGUGUCUAGACUUUGGGACAGACAAAGCACAACGUAAAUUUAAUGAAAACUCUCAACUCCCAACUCCAAGUGUAUGGAUGCUGUAUAUGUAUUCAUUUCUUGAUGUUAUAACAAUUAAAGCUAAGUCUAUCGAAGAAAAUAUAACCUUUUCAAAAGCAUCUAAUAUCCUCUCUCUCUCCUCCCGGAAGUGCCCCGCCAGCUCAUUCAUGAUCUAUCAAACGUGAUGCGACCCAUAGUUAAGUCCCGAACAAAAAAAAACAAAAACUAUUGCGCACUGAUUACAACUGAGCUCUGUCCUAUACCUCGCCCGAGUCAUUUGUGGCAGCAAAAUAGCACAAUACGGUAUCUUAAUAGUCAAUAAAUAACCAUACAGCAUACUUAAUAAAUACGAUAACUAAUCACAUUGUAGUGCAUAGUGGGAUAGACUUAAGCUAACCUUAAAAAAUGCAACUUCUAAAAUGAGAUGGCCGCCGUUUAUAUUGUAAUCUGCCUUUUUUGUGUUUUUUAUUUGUUUUGCAAACGUGUUUUUGCCCAUACAUAUUAAUGUAUAUUGAGUUGAGUGACAUAUCACAUUAUCACAGUCUGUCACUGGUAAAAAUAAUGUUACAGGGGAAAUUUAACGAGGUUCAAACUCAAACUCAGAUCAGCAUAAAACAAGAUGUAUUUAAAUAAGAAUUAGUUAGCAAAUGAUGACAUCAUUUAAAAAAUAAACAAACUACCAAGUAACUUGAAGUUGUUGUUUUUAGGAAAAGCUGGUUGAAACAAAAAUUUAUAAAAUAAGAACAUAUUUCCAUUAAGCCUAUUUCCGCUAAUAUAUUUUAUUCUGAUGACUACCUCAAACUGUAAAUUUGUGAAAGAAAUAGGAGUGUUGGAACCAUACGGGGACAUUAAAAUUCGUAUUUGCCGCUUUUGGAACUAACAGACUUUCGGCAAGUUCAGUUGUGCGGAGAGCAGAAGAACUUGAAGAGAGCACAUUGCCACAGAUACGCGAUAAAGCUGUGGUUUUCUCUGGCACUGGUUGAGUCUACUAUCUCUCACAAACGUUCGUGUUCUUUUGUAGUGUCCGUUUGGACUUUCAGAUAACGGAAGAGUUGGCCUCCGUUUGCACCUUGCAAAGAACAUCUUAUGUCUAUAAGCAAACAUUUUCAAAUAUAAAGUUUCUGAAGUCAACACAUCAAAAGAGAGGGAUUGUUAAACGUUUGAAAACAAUUCUUUUAAUUGGAUGCAGCAAUUCCAAACCGAACAAUCAUGAUAUCUUGAAACCCAAGCGUCAGUUUCUCCAAUCUCACUAAACUUUUUUGCUGAUUAGUUUUUAAGAUGGGAAUAUGUGCGCACUAGGCCUGAUGUAUAUCUAUCUUUUCGCUAACUUCGACUUCUUUGCUAACUUUUUAAGGAAUAAUAAAUGUACAUUAAUGUGGCAGAUUGUGCAAUGUGACUACAUAUCAUGUCGUAGUAUAUUUGUAUAUUUACUUUCUUAUCAAGAUAUACUUAGUUUGCUCUGCUCCAAUUAUAUAUGAAGAUGGGCUGUUAUGAUUAUAUUAUAGCUGGUUUCUUAAAAUGUCAAAUAUGUUCAACUAUUUCCUAUACAUAUGUACAGUAUUUAUCCAGGUUGUGUAAUAUACCUACAUAUCACGUCGUAGCAUAUAUGUAUAUAUAUUUCGUUUCCUAUCAUGAUAUACUUUUUUCCUCAGCCAAUCAUUUUUCUGUAAUAAUCACGUGACAAUAAAGCUAGACCU